AUGCGUUUCGCUCUUGUCGCCUCUGCUCUCUUCGCCGGCCUUGCCGCUGCCGCCCCUGCUGUCACUCAGACUCUCCACUCCACCGAGAUCGAGACCAUCACCUCCUGCGGUCCUGAGGUUACCAACUGCCCUGCCAGAACUCAGACUUCGGCUGCUGUUGUCCCUACUUCGGCCCCCGUUGUUCCUACCUCGUCUGUCGUUGCUCCCAUUGCUGCCCAGAACGUCAGCUCUGCCGCUGGACCCUCGACGGUCACCCUCUACAGCACCCAGGCCGUCACCAUCACUUCGUGCGCCCCUGAUGUCACCAACUGCCCUGCCAGAGUCAGCUCCAGCUUGAUCUCUGUGGGCACUACCGUCGUCACCGGUGCCGUCCAGGUCCCCACCUCUGCUCCCUUCGCCAUGGUCAACUCCACCAUGGCCACCGGUCCCCAGGGCACUGCUGCCUCCACCGGCUUCGGCGCCUCUGCCACUGGCGCCAUGCCCUCAUCGUACACCGGUGCCGCUGGCAAGCUCAACGCCGGCAUGGCCCUUGCCGGUGUUGCUGGUUUCGCCGCUCUUUUCAUCUAA